UGUUACUCACUCCGGCUCCAACUUUGGGAGGAAGUUACCACCUCUUCCCCAGACUCUGUGUACACACACACACACAUACUCCGGCAGUCACACACACUCUCUCUUCAUGACUUGACCACAGCAGCAACAGAGAAUCAACUCACCCAGUCAGGGCUGCAUGCUUAAAAUGCAGAUUUUUUUCCACAUACAUUUUGGAGGGAACGAAGACUGCCUUGUUAGGAAUUACAGAUUUUAGAGGAGCAUUUGCCACUCCACUCUGGGUGGCCGAGAGAAGUGAGCAGGAGGAGCAAAGAUCAGCGCUCUGAUCAAACAUCAGGAGAGACACCACUCAUUCACCAACGUUCUCUUUGUCUCACUAUGAGCUCGGACUGAAGUCUCUUUCUUAUCUGAGGAGAAGAAAAGAUCAGGUCAGGAUGGAUGUAAAGAAGAAGGAAAUGGACCUUUUGAGCAACACCAUUGCGGCAUAUGCCCACAUUAAAGCAAACCCAGAGAGUUUCGGACUCUACUUUGUGCUCGGGGUGUGUUUCGGUCUGGUACUGACGCUCUGCCUGCUGGUCAUCCGCAUCUCCUGCAAGCCACGGACCAAAGUAGUCACAUCCACGCCGGAGAAAAAACAGCUGAAGGACGUCAGCGAGGAAGAGGAGGAGGAUGACAGCGACGAUGAUGAGGACGAGGAUGGGAUCGAUGUGGAGACGUCAGUCCCGCUGCCCGUCACUGAAAUCCCAGUUGGAAACCACUCCAACCAUUCAGACGGGACUCUGAGUGUGAAUGUCUUUACUUCGGCGGAGGAGCUACAACGAGCGCAGCGGCUGGAGGAGAGAGAGCGGAUUAUACGUGAGAUCUGGAGGAACGGACAGCCGGAUAUCCUGGGAACAGGGACAGGGACCCUGGGAAGAGUGCACUACUACUAACACACCAGCAGAGGAGCCGCUGGGACUGACUACGAAGCAGAAAGAAAGACUUGAACGCCUGUCGCUACGACACAGGCAAAGACACUUGGCUCUAACGGAGCUUUAAAUGUGAUAUUGCACUUUGUAUGUUGCAUUUUUAUCCUCAAAAAAUAAACAAGAGAUGGAUCUAUAUCACAGCUUUCUGUUGCCAGUCAGAUUUCUUUCCGAUACAGCAGUCGGCUAACCAGUGUUAGUGAUGGUUUCAUGAGGCUUCAUGAAACAGUGUCUGCCUUUUCUGAGGCCACUAGAUGGCGCUGCUUGCUUUAAAAUCUAUAGCUUUGACCAGCCGUUUCAAUGAAAAUUGAGAGCACCACCUACUGAACUCCGAAAGUGAGGAUACUGUAUCAUGAAGUGUCAUUACUACUUAGCUGUGCUAUGUAAGAUGAGACACGUGUGCAAUCGUUAUUGUUUUCUUUUUGGAAAUGUUGAUCAUUUAUCAAAAGCUCUCUUUCCUUACUUUAUAAAACGCUGUCAGUGCUUCAGCAGAUACACAGGAUUAUUGUUCCCUACUUUUCUUACACCUUGAUAGUACCUUGCUUUUCAGACUUGGUCCUGUACAGUAUUAUUUGAAUAAUUUUGUCAGCAAUAUUCGAGAGUGGAACAAAUAUUUCAUCAUAAUAUUUAUAGAAAUAACAUUGUACUCUCAUUUGAAACAUCUGUUUUUUUUAACUAAGGGUCAAUAUGAGGAAGACAAAAUUCAGGUGGUGCAUAAU